AUGAAACGGAAUGACAGGGAACUGAAAUUUGCCAGGACAAUGAUUUUUACUGUGGAGGAGAUCAAUAGAGAUGCUAUACUGCUUCCUGGAGUGAGUCUGAGUUAUAGGGUGUAUAAUGGCUGCGGGAGUGAAAACCUAAUACGGGCAGCUGUAGAGGCUAUAAGUGGAGAGAAUUCAAAAAGCUGCAGUGAUCAGGUCCAGGCUCUAGUUGGCCAUUCUUCAUCAGGAGUAAGUGGAGACAUAAACUUCAUAUUAAGUUCACUAUCAGUUCCACAGGUGAGUCACCUUUCAACCUGUGCUUGCUUAAGUGACAGAAGACUUUACCCCACCUUCUUCAGAACAGUGCCAAGUGACCGCUACCAAAUCAGUGGUCUAGCACAGCUUAUGAAAUAUUUUGACUGGCGCUGGGUGGGAGUUAUUUAUUCAAUAGGCAUGUACUCAGAGGAUGGUACAGCUGACUUUGUUAAGGAAGCAAAGAAAGAAGGCAUAUGUAUUGAAUACAGUCUGCCCUACUCACAAACAAGCAAAAAACUUUUCAGUGUUAUUCUAGACACACUACUGGAGUCCUCAUCAAAUGUGGUCCUCUUGUUUAUGUCCUUGUCUUAUGCCAAAUCAUUCCUGUCAGAAAUUGAAACUUAUAAAAUAACUGGAAAGCAGUGGAUUGGCACAGAGUCAUGGAUAAUGCAACCAGACCUGGCUUCUGCUGACAGAAAGCACAUUUUACAUGGGGCAAUGGGCUUUGCGCUCCCUCACGCAUCCAUACCAGGUCUUGGAGAAUUCUUACUUGGUUUGAAGCCUUCUGAUGAGCCACAGAGUGCAUUAAUUAAAGCUUUCUGGGAGGAAUUCUUUGACUGCAGCUACUCUCCAUCAAACACUUCUACUAUGUGUACUGGUGCAGAGGACCUGCGAACAGUCUCAAAUGAUUACACAGAUGUGGCAUAUUUCAGGGAAGAGAAUAAUGUAUAUAAAGCGGUGUAUUCAGUAGCAUAUGCCCUACACACUCUACUGCAAUGUCAGAAUGGCUCAAAUCCUACAACAGGGAAGCUUUGUGUGAACAAAAAUGAGGUUCAACCUAAGUUGGUGCUCGAACACAUUAAGUAUGUGAACUUCACAACUAAGAAUGGGGUCAGGGUUUUAUUUGAUGAAUAUGGGCAAUCAGUUGCCCUCUAUGACUUAGUAAACUGGCAGAUGAAAGAGGACGGCUCUGCUGAAAUUAGUAUUAUUGGUCAAUAUGAUGCCUCUUUUCCAAAGGAGGAAAGAUUCAGACUAAAAGAAGAUGUCAUCAUAGUUUGGGGAGGAAACAGUAGUGAGGUUCCCAGGUCUGUCUGCAGAGAACCAUGUCUGCCAGGGACUCGAAAGGCUAUAAACAAGAAUAAGCCUGUUUGCUGCUUUGACUGCUUUAAAUGCCCCGAGGGAACAAUUAGUAAUCAGACAAAUUCUCCUGACUGUUUGCUCUGUCCACCUGAAUUUUGGCCAAAUGAAAACAGAGACAAGUGUCUUCCAAAACCUACUGAAUACCUUUCCUACAAAGAGAUCAUGGGGGCACUUUUAACUGCAUUUAGUUGUAUUGGUGUGUUUUUAGCACUAAUGAUAUCAGUAAUAUUUUUGACUCAUAAAGAGACUCCUGUUGUAAGAGCAAACAACUCUGAGCUGAGCUUCCUGCUGUUAUUCUCACUGAAACUGUGUUUCCUGUGUUCUCUGACGUUCAUCGGGCGUCCCUCCGAGUGGUCCUGCAUGCUACGACACACAGCAUUUGGCAUUACCUUCGUUCUCUGUAUCUCUUGCGUUCUGGGGAAAACAAUAGUGGUUUUAAUGGCCUUCAGAGCUACACUUCCAAGCAGUAAUGUCAUGAAGUGGUUUGGGCCUGUACAACAGAGGCUCACUGUUCUGAUAUUUACUCUGAUUCAGGUUAUGAUAUGUAUACUUUGGCUAACAAUAAACCCCCCAUUCCCAAACAUGAACAUUGACUACUAUAAAGAAAAGAUCAUCUUAGAGUGUGCUCUGGGUUCAGCUGUUGGAUUCUGGGCUGUCCUGGGUUAUAUUGGACUUCUUGCUAUCUUGUGUUUUAUACUUGCUUUUCUUGCUAGAAAACUGCCAGAUAGCUUUAAUGAGGCCAAACUGAUCACUUUCAGUAUGCUGAUAUUCUGUGCAGUAUGGAUCACAUUUAUCCCUGCAUAUGUCAGCUCUCCAGGGAAAUUCACUGUAGCUGUGGAAAUAUUUGCCAUUCUGGCAUCAAGUUUUGGUUUGUUGGUGUGCAUUUUUGUUCCAAAAUGUUAUAUAAUCAUAUUUAGGCCAGAACAAAAUUCUAAAAAGCAUUUGAUGGGAAAAAUACCACUAAGAACGAUGUAA